CCUCAACGUCGCCUCAGAAGGGAGCUGCAGCGACGGCUUCUCUGUGCCGCUCGGCGAAGAUCUUGAAUUGGGCUUCGAUAUAUCACUGACUGAUUCUGUUGGUUCGUGCUGUCAGCGAAAACACUCUUGCAGCCAGGCAUGGCGUCGUCUGCCAGCGGCGCUGGCUCGGUGAGGGUCACGAACGCGCACAACACACACUGAUGACGGUAGCUGAUUGUUGAGAUGGAUCAAUCUUUGUGUGUGCGUGUGUGCAGGAGAACAGUCUUCGGUUUCAGCAGGAGCUGGAGUUCGUCCAGAUGCUCGCCGACCCACGAUACCUCCACUGUAUGUAAGCCACACACACAAGCAGCAAGCGAAGCGAUGACGUGUGGAUCAAUCAAUUGUGUGAUGGUGCUUUUCCUUUCAUUCAUAGAUCUGGCCGAGAAGCGCUACUUCCGCGAGGCGGCGUUUGUCAACUUCCUGGCGUACCUGCAGUACUGGCGGACACCUCCAUACCUCAAAUACAUACAGUGAGCUGCCACCAGGCAGGCACGUGUGAACCGAACCGACGAACACCAAUGACUGUGUCGCGGUGUGGCUGCAUGUGUGUGCAUGCAAUGCAAUGCAGGUACCCCCACUGUCUGCAAGUGCUCAGUUGGCUGCAGGACACCGAGUUCCGCGCCAGCCUCGAGAACGAAACCGCCAUCAAUGCCCUCACCGAUGCGCAGGCCCUCAGCUGGGUACGGACGGAGCACACGCACGAGAGCACACAUUGAUGGGUCUGUCCGGUUGUGUGUGCAUGUGUUCAGCUUCACCAUGGCAAGAUCUCCAACACACCCGGGGGAGGGUGACUUAAGCAGCUGAGAAGGGGCGUGUGUGCAUGGCCCGAGCAUCUGUACAUAAAUACACACAAACAUACACACAUACACACAGACAUGUAUGUUUGUGUCGGUGGUUUGUGUCGGUGGUGGGCAUGGAGUCCGUGUACAGUAAGUGCACUGGUGGGUGAAGGCCGUGGCAUGCUGUGAGGGGUCCGAUCUCUGUGCGUAUGUAUGCAUUGACAUCAUCAAGGGGGUGUCCAUCAAUGAAAUCCAUUCA